AUGCAUGCAUACGUACCUCCUCAGCACCCGUCGGCGCAGUUCAGCACCGUGCAUAAUUGGCUGAAUGCCUUGUGCCGUCGUGACUUUGAUGCUUUCGGAAAGCUCAUCACAGACGACUACAAGCAUUCAGUUUUGCCGGGAAGCAAAGGCCCAGUGGCAUCGAACAAGGAGGAAGGGAUCGCGUUUGCAGAGAAAGCGAUGAAGCCCUUCAAAUCUGUCGAGUUUGAAAUAUACGCGGUCAACGAAGCGCCUGGAAGCAUUUGGAUUCAUCUGAUGUUGCAUGCCGUGUCAAACGAUGACAAACCAUUCUCCUCCGAGUACAUCCAUCUCUUCACGCUGGAAGAGGGCCCAAGCCCGAAGAUCUGCGUGAUGGAUGAAUUUGUGGAUACCAAGAAAUUGGCAGAUCUCUUUGAGUAA